CUUCCGAACACUUCCUUUCUAUUCACCGCGGCAAACGUUGAACUCGUUUUUGUCCUACUAUUCUCGUGACCUCGAACGCGAUCACUCUUUAAGUUGCUUCAAGGUUACCAGUCGGUCUUUACCCGUACACUUUACACUCUCCAGUCUAUUUUUUCCCUCAAACUUUCUUUUUCUUAUACACCACAUUUCCCUUUCAACAAAACCAACAGCUUUUUUCAAGGGCUGAAUAUUGGGUUUCAAGUCGAGCAUUCUCCUACGACCUCUUAUAAAGGCUGAGCUUUUAUCGCCAACAGUUUCAAUAAUAAGAGGAUACCGAUUUUACUAUUUACGACUGCUUGCCGUCAAUCCCAACUUUGUCAGGAGCAACCUCACGACAAACCUUCCACUUUAUAUAUAUAUAUAUAUAUAUAUAUACCUUUUCAAGGCUGUGCCUAAUAAUCUCAAAAUGCGUGUUGCUUAUACCACAAUUAUUUCCGCUGCUUUCGCAGCUAGUGCAAUUGCAUUCCCGUUCCGUGGCGGCAACCAGAAAAGGGAUGAAGCUGUUGAGGUUGUCACCGAAUGUACUACCGUUCUUACGACACAAUAUGUGACCGCAGGGCCCUCACCAUCACCGACACCUGUUGACCCUGUCCAAGUAAAUGGCAACAACGCGCCAGGCCCAGCGCACGAAUACACCAAAUACUACACCUUUACCAAGUCCCGCCGUCCCCGUCCCGCCUCCCCGAGCUCAGUGCCGGAGACGACGCCACCAUCACCACCGGUCGUCACUUCUCCCACUCCCACUCCCACUUCCAUUCCAUCAACCACGUUGGAAGCUGUAGUCGUCACCACCCCACCAGCAAAGCCAACUACUUCAUCUGCUGCUCCUGCGCCAACUGCUCCUUCUGCCCUGGCCUCAGGCUCCUUCGAAGACGAGUGCCUAUCAGCGCACAAUAGCAAGCGAGCCCUCCAUGGUGUCCCAGCGCUAGUCUAUGACUCGACCCUGGCUGAUUUCGCUUCGGGCGUUUCUGGCACCUGCCAGUUCAAGCACUCUGGUGGUCCCUAUGGCGAGAACCUCGCUGCUGGGUACACCAGUCCCGCAGCUGCUAUUCAGGCGUGGUACGAUGAGCAGAGCCAGUACAAUUAUUCCGCUGGUCAAUUCAGCUCCGCAACCGGUCACUUCACGCAGAUGGUCUGGAAGAACGCCAAGAAGAUGGGCUGUGGUAUCAAGGAAUGCAAUGGAGCCAAUGGGACACCCGGUAAAUUCCUCACUUGCAACUACGAUACCGGAAACGUUAUCGGACAGUUUGUGGAGAAUGUUCCGCCUCCCUCUUAGGUCGCGACGUUGACGUGGUUGGCCAGUUCCCGCUAGUAGGGGAUGGAGUUUGGGUGGUUUUCUCUUUUCUCUUUCUUUCUCCAAUUGGCCCGGGCCAAAACUACCCUUUGAUAGUGCACUGGCAGGGAGAAAGAGCAAAAGGACGAGGCGGAGACCCCUGCCCGUCAAAAGAGGGCUUUCUGAGAAAUUCCUUUAUACAUAUAUAUCAAUUCUUGUAUAUCUUAAAUAUAUCAUAAUCCCAUUUGCUUUGCUUGGACGGGCUGGGAACAUCGUAUUGAAAAACAUUCCCCGUAUUGUACCGUACUCGAAUAAUAGAAGUAUAGAUAAAUAGA